AUGUUCUAUCCCUGGAAGGCUCUUUCAAGAUGGACCCCUUUUGAGAUUGAUGCCCUCGGCUUGCUGACGUUGCUAGGUGCAAACGAGGUGGACAUCUCCGUAGGUCGCUUAGCGCGCAGUUACUGGCUUGAAUACAUGCCCUUAUUGGCCGGAUUCGUCUUCACAGGCGACCGGUUCCGCGCCAAACAAUCAGCAUUCACGCUUUAUAACAUCUCCAGCGGCAUCGUGACGGGGAACCUGACGGCAUGGUUCACCAGGUGGAUGCAAGCACAGGAAUUCCAUGUCUCCCGCAGUCUCGUGUACUGGGAGAUCAAGGAAGCACCACCGGCACAGUGGUCAUACGUCCUCGUUCCGGCCUUAAUCUCGGCUACGCUCACAGGCUUCCUGCUUGUUAUGACUCUCCUGUCUGGGGACUGGUACGGCUAUGCCAAUACUAUCGCGAUCAUACUUCUCAUCGUCGUGCGAUCGUAUACGAUACAUGAAAACCGCAAUGCGAUCAACAGAGCUGUCGCCACAGCAAAGCCCCUUCCCACAACGUUCACAGGUGCCCUUGGUGAAUGGGACGAAAGAAUCCGGAAGGACCCCAAGGCGCUGCGGCCACAGCAGGGCUCUCGACAGUGGCGGCCAGAGGUCGUAAAGAUCCUUGUCGUCAUGCCUGAUUCGCGGGCAGUCACCAUGUUCAUCCCCGAACAUCUUCUCCGUGGUGUCUUUGUCACUGAGACUCCCGUCAGAUCACCUGGUGUGUAUCGCCUCGCUCAGUGGACGGGCUGGGUGGCAUUUACAGUGCACGUUGUGACAUUGGGAAUGGCUCAACUGGCGACCCAGCUAUAUGUAGUUACCGUUACAGUCAUCCCGACGGUCUUGAUUUGUUAUGGCUUCGGCUGCGACGACUCUCGGCUAUAUAAAGGGUGGUGUUGGCUGUGGGGGGAGUACGCUGGACCGUAUAUCUAUGAUGCCGGACCUCAGCUGAGAGCCACCGUCUUUGAGUGGCCGGAAGACGUCGAGUUCACGAAGGACUGUAAAGGCGUCUGGCGUAGACGCGAUCCCCUACCGAUAUCUGCGGACAAGCGAACGACGGCCCGCCAGGAUCUGUAUGCUUGGUUGAAUCUCAGUGAUGAGGAGCAAAGAAGCCUGUGGGACUGGCAUUUACUUCCCCACACGCGUGGUCAUGACAAGUCGUGGUGGAAUACCUUCAACGAGAAGAAACGGUUGAUUAGGGAACGGCCGCCCGAUAUAUACGCGCUCAAGGCCCGCAUUCAGGGCGAUUUGGAAGCAGCGAGGUCAAGACGUGGAAGACUAGACGGUGGGUCUAAAAUUUUGAGAGAUAUUGAAAAGAUCUAA